AUGUUUCCCGCUACUUACGGUUAUCGUAAUGCAAAAUCGGUUCUACUUGAAGAUGCUUUAGAACCAUUCCAAUCUCGAAUUGAUCAAUUGAUGUCUUAUGUUACCACAGCGAAGGAGCGUCGUCAUUUUCCAUCCGAACAUGAUUUAACACAUGAUGAAUCGGCUUCGAUUUAUAUUUAUACAAUGGAAUGGGAAGAAACAACUUUAGACAAAUUGUCAAGUGUUCGCGGAGUUGUUUCAUGUGGUGUUUCGAAUGAUACUGGAAAGAAUUGGUCUCGCAAUCAAAAGAUAACAUGGUCGAGUAUCAGUUCGUGUUCUUCGUCGAUUAAUGUUAUCAGAGAUUUUCUUCAAAAUGCAACAAAAUCAACAACAUUUUUAAUCGAAAUAUCAUGUGGAAAGAGAAUUUGUGGUUAUACUGAUCAUGAACAUGAGAAUGACGUGAUUUUAAAGAUGGAGACAAGCUUUCGUGUUCAAGAUGAUGUUUUAGAACAUCCAAAACGUUCCUAUCAUGUUCAUUUAGUUGAAACCGAUGAUUUACAAAUCAGAAUAGAUCUCAAAGAUAAAACUACGUUGCAGUCUCAUUCAAAAUAA